GGUCGAAAUGAAGCACUAAAACAGACUGCUGUACAGAGUUCUACAUACAUAAAGGAGGGAGCCGAUUUAGGUUUAGCAUCUCAUGCAGUUGAUGGUGACACAAGAAGUUUUUUUAAAAGUAAAACUUGCACUCAUACAGAGGAUUCGACGCCAAAUUGGAAUGUUACAUUUAGUCGGUCCCACACAAUCAACAGAAUUGUUUUAUACAAUAGAUUG